GCAGCAGCACUUGAUCCUGAUGAAGUAUUUGGAGGCUUAGAUGUUGCAGAAGAAGUUAAACAAUCUCUCAUUCAAGAUAUACAGCUCAGACUUGCCCCCCAGGCUCUCAAACUCAGGGCCCGCGUAGACGUCUGGUGUUUCGGUAGAGACGGUAUUGAAGCUGUCCGCGCUGCACUUCAAGCGGGGCGCGAAGUCGGCGAUGAAAAGGUCGAAAUCAUCGUUAAGUUAAUCGCCCCGCCUCAAUAUGUCAUCGUCACUUCUUGCUUCGAUAGAGACACAGGACUCAACAAAAUUCAAGAG